UUUACAUCGGAAGUAACAAUGCAAUCAACAGUCGAAGUGCUACCAAAAACGAUAGGAAUUAUCAUCUUACUUACUGCUUACAGCACAAUUUACUUUGGUUUUGUAACCAUGAAGUUACUAUUACAUAGAAUUAAUAGGGUUUACGAAGUGUUGCUGAAUAAUGAGGAAUUACAUUUGUUUGAAGAAAGUAUAAAACAAAGUAAAUUAUAUGUAUACGUUGUACUUGGUCUUUUUAAUGGAUAUGGUUUUUCAUUAGUAGUUCCGUGUAUUGUCAUAGUAUGUCUUUAUUUUUAUGGAAUAUUGGACGAUAAUAACUUACCACUAAUAUUACCCGUUGAUAAUGUCACCAAGGCAGGAGUGAAAUAUUUUUGUUCGCUUAUUUAUCAAAUAAUUUUAGUUAUUAUUGUGAUAAUAAUAGGUGGUGUGAGUUUUUCAGGAUAUAUGAUAUUUGUUCUUUUUGCGUGCUUUCAAUUUCGUGUUUUAAUGUGCGUGUUAAUUAAUAAUCAAACUUAUAAUUGUAUUUGUUUUAAUUAUUGUUUCUACCAUAUAUUGCAUUCUAAUUGUUAUUUUAUAACACCGCAAGAAGAAUGGGAUUGGAUAAUCGAUAUUAUAAAUAGAUUUAAAAAUGUUACGGAGUDAGUAUAA